AGAAAAUUACUAAUUAGGGCGUCAAAUAAUCAGCAGUCCGUCCAAAAACCGGUGUCGUUUUCUCACUUCUUUAGACUUUAUCUGGUUUCUACAAACACAAAAUACAAAAGGAAAACGUACUUCGCAUCUCCGGCGGCCUCUAAAAGUCAUAUUAUCACCACAGUCGGUAGUCUCUUUGGCCUCUGUACACAGUUUCAAAAUGCCCAAAAAGAAAUCUUCGAAGGCAACUAAGCCAACAGCAGAUGAGCCAACUAUUGUAGAACCCAAAAAGCCCUCUUCAACGCCGAAGAAAGAACCAAGUAACGAGAUUGAUGAAAUCUUUGCUGGAAAGAAGAGGAAGAAACCUGAACAACAAAAGAAUGACAAGGCUGAUGAAAAUAAAGAAGCUGAGAAACCGAAAUGGAUGAAGAAGAAAAAUAAGAAGAAGAAUAUACAAGAUGAUGAGGGAAGAUUUAUGGAUCCACCUUCUAAACCUCGAAAGAAGACGGAGGAUGGGUUCACUAUUUAUACAGAGGAGGAAUUGGGUAUUAACAGCUCCAAUGUUGGAGGGACUCCACUUUGCCCAUUUGAUUGUGAGUGUUGCUUUUGAACUUUUCUUCAUUGAUAGGCUUAGCCGUUUUGCAUAAUUAAUGGAUCUGUUCAGACUUCAGGCAAUUUUGUGAUCUUGGAACUAUAUAUUGAAGAAAAAAUUUUGUUUUGUAGUUUAUUUUACUUGUAUACUGGAAUUAGAUGAAAUGAAAAUUAUCUAAUCAAUGUUAGUUUA